AACGUUAUUCGUUCUUUUUCGUGCAGUCGUGGUGGAAGAACGUCUAUUCUCUUUUUCGUUCCCUCAAAGUACAUCAGUUACAAUGACGGAAUUGUGUACUCUCGAUUUAUUGUAUUUUGACGGCGUGGAGAAUGAAGAAGGCGAAAUCAGAGCUAUUUUCAUUCCAAAUUCCUGUCAUGUUUGUAAAACCAUGCGCCAUGAUUCGGAAUCGGGUAGUGAAAUCAAAUUGCUUAGUUGUUCUGGUUGUCGUAUGAUUGCUUAUUGUGGAUUAGCCCACCAGAAAGAGCAUUGGGCUCAGCACAAGGAUUUGUGCAAAGUCGUACAACAAGUUUUACGUAAAGAGGGCCGACCAAGCUUGUUCAGUGGAGUGGAAAAGCUUAAUUUGAGCCCUGAAAGUUGGAAGGCUUUUCGUUACAAUCUAAUGGUCCGUGUGGAGAAAGCAUUGACUCGAUCCAUGCAACCGUACGAGCAGGAAAUGUUCUUGUAUCCGCGCGUAUGCAAUCAAUGUCGCAUGGAUGACGGAACUAAACUGAACGAAUGCCCCGACUGCCACUCGUUUUUUUAUUGCUGUGACCAGCACUUAUCGAUAACACAUCAAGAAUGGUGUAAAGACUUGAAACUUCUUCUCGAUCUCAAUAUCGAACAGUCGAAAAAAGGACGGAUCGAUUGCAUGUUGCCUCACCAACUGUUGGAAACUUUCGAAGAGUUCCCUGCAUCGCUCAAAGAGUUCCUUGUUUUGAGAAUGGUCGGUGCCAUGGGGGCCUUUGCCAUGGGAAGAAAUUCUCUGACAUUACUUACGGAAUUUGCAUCUUAUCCGUUGACAGUUCUCUGGGGCCUCCAGGAAGCGGCCAAACUAACAGAUGGUAUUCCACAUUUGGGAGAUCGAAAAUCUCUUGUGGUUCACAUCGUUGGGGCUGAAUUGCCUUUUGAAUGCAAUAAUUUGGCAAAGUGGGAUGUUUUCUUUCUUAAUACUCUUCCGGCUUUGAAAUCACUUUACGUAACUUUUACGGGUCCGGAAUUGACGGGUGUUCCGGCAGGUACGUGGGAUGACGACCUCCGCUGCCCGCACUGUGAACGAAACAAUAAGCAUUUCGUCUGCGACUUCCAACCGAAUACCUUUUAUCAUGACUUUGUGAAAAGUAAAAAUUACAUCCGCCCUGAUGUUGUGGUCGCGUUCAACUGCGGACUCUACCGACAGACAGGCUUCCAAGGAUCUGAUUCGUGGGCAAAAACUAUACCUUGUCUUCUGAAAGAGGGUGUACCCUUAAUUUUGACGGCGUACACGGCUGCGGAGGCUCCUUUAGAUUUAAAACGUCUACAAGAAGCCAGCCGUGAUCCUUUAGAAAUUCUUAUGCCUCCUCAAAAGAAUCCCUAUCGGAGUUCACGGCCAUGCAGGAAUUUUGUCAGCGAGGAAGAAUCCCCAAUCAUAUUCAAGAACCAGUACAUCACGGUUGUUAGGAAACAAAAUAUUAAAUAAGAAAAUGAAUUCGUGGUGUAUUCUUGAAAAAUCAGUUAUUCAGUGUGAAUUUUACAAAUGUCUUCAUAUUGGACUCCCUCGACAACUCGUCCUUUUACAGGUCCCUGCAACAAGUAAAAAUACGAAUUGUAUGACUCAUAGCUAAUAGAUUAUAUUUCAAAAGUU